AUGAAACCUCGGUACUCGAUCCGGCCAGCUAGUGUGUGGUCGGCAGGGCAUGCUCUCGGUGCUGCCAUCUUGGUGCUCGUGGGCAAGAAGAUGGCCAGGAAGAAUUUUCCUGUCAAGACAUACCUAUUCAAUCCACCGUUUGUGACCUUGCCGUUGGGACGUAUCAAGGACCACAACUUAGUAGACAAGUUGUUGAUCCUAGCCAGGUUACUCAAAGCUGCAACUGUCGCCACUUUGAAUCCUCCCAAAAAUGAGCCUCUAGUACAUGACAAGUUCGAAGUCCUAUCUUCUUGGGAACCCAACCUGUUUGUGAAUCCUGAAGACGAUCUCUGUUUGGGUUACAUAAGUUACUUUGAGCUUCGAACACUGAUGCAAUCGAUGGGAGCAGGGAAAAUUAACCUGUCCAUGGAUGCAGUCGGGAAAGAUUCUGAAGCAGAAUCGGUCGACACCCUCGCUACAGCCUGUCUCACUACCAAUCUGUGUCCAUCUCCAGAUUUUAAACUGGCGCAUGGCAUUGAGCAGUGGUAG